GCAGUUACUUUUUGCCAGCGAGCUAACAGAGGCUUCCAGCUACAGAAACCUCUACCACACCCAAUUGGUUCCUUCGCUUCUCUCAAAAUUUAAGAAAAGGAAAGUAGUCGUUUCUCCCUGAAGAUGCAAAUUCCCAUUUGAAAUCAAAGGAAAGCAAGACAUUUCUUCAUUUUAUAUUUUUCCCCAAAAGAAGCUUUGAUGAUCUCACUGUUUUACAAGACUCGAAGUAUAUGGUAGAAUUGCUGAGAUGUUCUCAGAAGCUUUCUUAGCUGUUCUGCUCUGCACAACUCUGGCUCCCCUCCAUGCUCAAAAUGAUGAAGAUACAAUCCCUGGCGCUUCUUCCUGUGCAGACAAGACUGACUGUCCCAUCAGGGUGUACUUUGUGAUUGACACAUCUGAGAGCAUUGCCCUGCAGACUAUACCCAUCGAGAGUCUGGUGAAACUCGAAAAGAACUUUGUCCAUGAAUUCAUCAGAAGGCUAGAGAAUGAAUUCUACCAGAGCCAAGUGUCCAUGACUUGGCAAUAUGGAGGACUUCACUUUUCAGAUGUGGUGAUUACCUACAGUGAUUUCACCAAUGACAAGAACACGUAUCUCAAAGCGUUGGACAACAUUGAGUACAUUGGCCGGGGUACCUUCACAGACUGCGCUCUCUCCAACAUGACUGCACAGAUACUGGCCAACACAGCCAGCACAGCACAGGUUGUGAAGUAUGCGGUUGUGAUCACUGAUGGCCAUGUGACGGGAAACCCCUGUGGAGGGAUGAAGCUGCAAGCUGAUAGAGCACGAGAUGCAGGAAUCAAGGUCUUCGCAGUGGCCCCGAGCAAAAAUGUUUAUGAACAAGGGCUCCGAGAAAUUUCAUUCUCCCCGACUGAGCUUUACCGUAGCAACUAUAGCACCACACAGAAAGAUGGCAUUGAUGUAGAUCACAGCACAGUUAAUAGGAUCAUCCAAGUUAUGAAACAUGAAGCCUACGGAGAGUGCUACAAAAAGAGUUGCCUCGAAAUUGAAGGCCUACCUGGUCCAAAAGGCUUUCGAGGACAAAAGGGUGCAAAAGGUAACAUGGGAGCCCCAGGCUCACCUGGGUUGAAAGGACGACAGGGUGACCCAGGAAUUGAAGGUCCAAUUGGAUAUCCUGGUCCCAAGGGUAUUCAUGGGCUAAAAGGAGAAAAGGGAGAGUUUGGAGGAGACGGGCGGAAGGGAUCUGCUGGUUUGGCUGGAAGGAACGGCACGGAUGGGCAGAAGGGCAAACUGGGACGUAUUGGACCUCCUGGCUGCAAGGGUGAUCCAGGCGACAGGGGCUCUGAUGGUUAUCCUGGAGGUGCUGGAACUCAAGGACCACCAGGAGAUGAAGGAAUAAAGGGUGAUCCUGGCCGGCCUGGUCGUAGCGGAGCUCAUGGGCCACCUGGAGAAAGAGGAAGCAGAGGACCAAGAGGUGCCAAUGGAGCUCCUGGCAGUCAUGGUAGCAAGGGAGGCAAAGGCAGCCCUGGAUCUCCUGGACCCAAAGGAGAACCUGGUCGUCGUGGUGACCCUGGAGCAAAGGGGGGGCCUGGAACAUCUGGACCCAAGGGAGAGAGGGGAGAUCCCGGUUCUGAGGGACAAAGAGGGCUACCAGGAGAAGUUGGAAAUAAAGGCGGAAAGGGAGAUCGAGGAUUGCCUGGCCCAAGAGGUCCUCAGGGUGGUGUGGGAGAACCAGGAAAGCCUGGCUCACGAGGGGAUCCCGGUGAUGCAGGCAUAAGGGGUGACGCAGGUCCUUCGGGACCAAAGGGUGACAGAGGAAGACCUGGCUUUAACUAUCCUGGUCCCAGAGGACUCCCGGGUGAGAGAGGUGAGAAGGGGGUCCCAGGACCAGAGGGUGCACGAGGCGACUUUGGACAAAAAGGCCCUCCAGGAGUAAAAGGAGUGAAAGGUUCACCUGCUGAGCCUCCCCCAACAGGUGAGCCUGGCCCCAGAGGACCUCCUGGUGAAACCGGCCCUGAGGGUGGCCCUGGUCCUGGUGGAGAUCCUGGCCUAACUGACUGCGAUGUGAUGACCUACGUCAGAGAGACCUGUGGCUGUUGUGACUGUGAGAAGCGGUGUGGUCCCUUGGACAUAGUCUUCAUCAUAGACAGUUCAGAGAGUAUUGGCUACACCAAUUUCUCUCUGGAAAAGAACUUUGUCAUCAAUGUGGUGAGCAGGCUUGGCUCCAUUGCCAAGGAUCCAAAAUCUGAGACAGGUGCCCGUGUUGGAGUGGUGCAGUACAGCCACGAGGGAACAUUUGAAGCCAUCCAACUGAAUGACAAACGCAUUGACUCCCUUUCCAGUUUCAAAGAGGCAGUGAAGAAGUUGGAGUGGAUUGCAGGGGGCACCUGGACCCUCUCUGCACUUCAGUUUGCCUACAAUACGCUCAUCAAAGAAAGCCGGAGAGAGAAAGCUCGAGUGUUUGCUGUGGUGGUGACUGAUGGGCGCCAUGACCCACGAGAUAAUGACUCCCACUUACAGGCCCUUUGUGGUGGGGAUGUUAUUGUCAAUGCCAUUGGGAUUGGAGACAUGUUCAACAUGCCAGAGGAAGAUGAGACCCUGCGCUCGAUUGCCUGUGAUGAUAAACAGAGAGUCCAGAAAAUGAAGUUGUUUACAGAGUUGGUGGCGGAAGAGUUCAUUGACAGCAUGGAGCAUGAACUCUGUCCAGAUCCUCAGAUUGUCUGCCCUGAUCUACCCUGCCAAACAGAGCUUGCUGUUGCCCAGUGUACACAGCGCCCAGUUGACAUUGUCUUCCUCCUGGAUGGUUCUGAAAGAAUUGGUGAGCUGAACUUCCAAAAGGCCCACCAUUUUGUAGAAGAGGUGGCCCAACAUCUCACACUGGCCAGAAGUGACAGUGACAACAUGAAUGCACGCCUUGCCCUCCUACAGUAUGGAAGUGAAAAUGAGCAUGUGGUGGCUUUCCCAUUGACUUACAAUAUCACUUACAUCUCAGAUGCCUUAGCUCAGAUCAAAUAUUUGGACUCUUCUUCCAACCUUGGGUCUGCCAUCAUCUAUGCUGUCAACAAUCUUGUCAUCAACCCAAGGGACAGCCAGAGGGCAGCCCGGCGCAAUGCAGAGCUUUCGUUUGUCUUCAUCACAGAUGGUAUUACAGGCAACAAAAACCUGGUUGAGGCUAUUGACUCCAUGAAGAAGCAGAAUGUUAUGUCCACGGUAGUAGCCUUAGGUAGUGAUGUGGACAUGGAUGUUCUGCUGAAGAUUGGCCUUGGAGACCAGUCAGCCAUUUUCCGGGAGAAGGACUAUACCAGCCUCUCCCAGACUGGUUUCCUUGAUAGUUUCAUUAAAUGGAUCUGUUAGUUGCAGGGAAAUGCCAAAGAUAGUUUGUACCAAAGUUAGUUGCAGGGAAGUCACCAAAGAUAUUAAUGUUCUUGCAUUGUUAUAUGGUUUUUAGCAAAAGUAAGCUGCCCAAGGGCAGCUGGCAGAAAUUUGCAGGGGACUUAUUUUUAUAGCUAAAAUCUGCAGCUUUAUUUUAAAUUUCAUAAUGAAACUAAUGUUUAUGGUGCUAAUUAAAUCAAGAUGGAGGAAGAAUCCAGAGCUGCAACAAGUAAUUUGUCAUGCCGUACAAUAUUGUUCUACUGUAAUCCUGUAGGUGCUAUAACAAAGGAGCAACAACACAUUCAUAAUCAUACAAACCAUAAUCAUCUCCAGCUGCCACAAGGGUCCGCAGUGAACUGCCCCCAUGCCCUCCUAAUAAUCUGUUUCUGGAUCCUGGUUCCUUUACUGGCAGACAGGGAUAAUUAUUUUUUCCCUAAUCCUGAUAUUGACAGUUCCUUCCUCUCUUCCCAGGGUAAUGGCCCAUGUUUUCUAAGCAGCAAUGUGGCAUCUCACUUUUUUCACAGUUGAAAACCCUAACAGGCUGUUGUGCUACCAGCACAGAGUCCUGAGCGUUGGCCCACUCCAUUAGUGAAUCCCUGGUGUUCCCUCCUUGCUCUUUGUACAAUUGCUUAAGCAUUGCAACAACAGAUGGUUCCUGACAUAUCAUGGUUCAUGCAUUAAAUGCACUUCACAAGUUUAACUUUGCUCUCAUGUUGAAGGGAUGUGGCAUCAAUUAUCCCAUGGGACCGCCUUCACAGCACUGGGUUGGUGCUGUCUCCUUCUUCAACCCCGUGCUUUCCCUCUCCCAGGGCAGCAUCAGGUAAUGCCAAUGCUGUGGAGGGAGCAUGAGCUUUCUGGGCGGACAUCCAGGUCCUGGAGCCACCACCCUGUUUCUGGUGGAAGACGACCAAUCACUGGCCGCCAUCCACAUGGCUCCUCCCCUAGGUUGACCCUGGAUUGGCCACAUGACACGGUGGAAGUGCCAUGUUGACGUCGCUCUCUUGAAUAAGUCAUUAUAAAUCCUUGACUUUUCAAAACGCAGCUUCGUGGCUGUGAACCUGCACCUGCGUCAUCUGACCAAGAUGAUGCAGAUUCACAGCCACCACGGAGCUUCCCCCCCCCCACAUAUAGACAGCCCCCAUGUCAACAUUGCUCUGUUGUGACCUGUACAGGGAUCCUAUUGGAUUGCCUUCUGGCGUCCGCUGCCACAGCAUGAGGUUUUAUGCUGCAGUGGCAUCUGCUUUCCCUCUUGUUUGCAAAUGACCCAGUUAAGAGAAGCAGAGCAAGCUGAAAGCACCCCUGGUUGCCUUGCCUCAGGCUCUUGUUUUCCUUGUUUCCUCAGUAACAAAAAGCAGCACUGCUGACCUGGACUAGGAUUUAAACAGUGCCACAGGUAGACAUUCCCCUUCUGGGAUCUUCCCAGCCUACACUGCAGUACCUUUCUUACGUAUCCAACCUUCCUGUGGAAAGUGUGUCUCCUAUACUGCUACUAACUUGUACUAGCCUCCUUUCUCUUGCAUUAAUCGCAAAGCACCUCUCCCCUGAGAAAUAGUGUGAAUCAUCAAGUCAGCCAUGAUGCAAAGCCAUGUUGCUUGAUGAGCAAUGAAAUCACAAGUUUAAUGUAUUCUUGGCAUUGCUGUUUCUGGAAUAACAUCCUUACUUGAGCCAAAAUUGCACUCUUGGUAAAUAAACCUUUUUCACACUACUUUAAAA